GGUUCAAGCAUUGUUCCUUUUCUUUUUACAAUAAGCACUUCUAGUCUGUUCCAGUUAAUGUAUUAUUGUGCAAUUUUUUUUUUUUUUGGCACUGAAAGAGCUGGGGAAUAAGAGCACUGCUGAGCUGAGCUGAGGGUGAGCUGUGUCCCCUGGUACUGCAGUGUGGAGUUGGUGAUGUGGUCAGGUUUCCACAAGAUGCUUACAUGUUAAAAAGGUUGGUCUUUCUAACAGCUGCCAGGACCACUUGCAGGACCAGCGCCAGCACUUAAAGUUCUUAUACACCACAAAAGGAAAGAAACUUCCUGAUGUUUACGCAGUGGAGAAGAUUGCAUUUGCUUUUUAACUACUAGACAAGAAUCCAUCCUUCUACUAUAUGGACUCUAGAGAAAUUCAAAUUGCUAAACGCUGAUUCUAACAAACACUCUGCUCGUGUACUAUUAAAUCUGCUGUUGUGUUUCAAAUGAGGAUGACCUUCUGCUGAUUUGGAAUCUAUACUUUCAAUGGAAAUCUGUAAAAUGAGCAUUGAGCCCAAUCAACAAAGCACAUAUACUUGUGGAGAAUGCUCGGAUAUUGAGAUAGAAAAUGACUUUCAUCGACUGAUUUUUAUUGAUGAUCAAAAUGGCAAUGGAGUCGAUGACAAAACCAGAGAAUCUCAGGAAACUAUCCAUGAUGCCGCCUUGUUGAAUAAUAGGAACUCUGUAAAUCUAGAUGCUGUGAUUACACCCUAUAAUAUAACCAUGGAAGAUGAAAAAGCCACUUUUGAAGAAAACAUUUUCAGAGUCCCAAAUAUAAGCAGAACAGAAUUGGAAAUGUUUAGAGGCUUUGAUAGUGAGCAGAGAGUGUACAUUAGUGAUGAGAUGCUAAGUACCUCUUCAGAUAAUGCCAAUCAAUCCAUGACUGGAAUUUUUAAUCAAGAUAUUAACAUAACAGCUGAGCACAUUCUGCGUAUUCCAGAAAACCAACAGAACAGCCUUGUCAGAAAUGAAGCACAAGCUUUAAAUGAAUACCACAUAGCUGAUCUGGAACAAAGAAUCAACCCAUGUGUCAAAAAUGGAGCACAUGUUGCACAAGAUAAAGAAGAUAAAGAUAUUCUAGAAAACCAUUUCAAGUGUUCUAGAAAUAGGAAUGAUGGAGGCAACAGGAUACAAUUUGAUGAGGAAUAUAGUCUGGAAUAUUUAGCACUACCAUCCAAAUUUGAGAUGAAAAGCAAUAGUACAUACGGCACUGAGGAGUCCUCUAUUGAAACUUCUGGAUUUCCUGUUACAUUUGAUAAUACUGCUGGAUCCCUUGAAAUGUCAUCAAAUGUCUUUGAAUGUUCAAGUGAUAUUGAGAAAAUUGAACAGGAAGCACCACUGACAAAUUAUCUUAAUUAUAAAGAGUGUGCAUUAGUGUUGCUAAAUCAUGAUUAUGAACUGGAUAAAGUUGAAAAAUUGCUUUUGCCAAAAAAAUUGACAAAUUGGAGUACGAGUGCAACAAAGUGUCUUAAUUGCUGUCAAAAUGAUUGCUGUAAGGAGGAUCAAGAUAGCCACAGCGUUCCAGACUCUUCCUGUACAGGUGAACGUGGAAAAUAUCAAGUCAAAGAAACUCAAGCUCAACAGCUAACAGUGGAAACUCAAUCUUGUCAAGAAUUGGGUUUUGAAAGGCUUGAUGCUGGAAUAACUCAAGGUGAAGUAUAUGAAAACGUAACCUGUGAGAAGCCAAUAAUGUCAGAAAUGAAUACUACCUACUUGCUGGGAAGAAUUGAAGCUGAUGUGGACUUAAAUCCUAACCCUGAACUGAUCUGCUCAGAGUUGGCACUGAACCCUGAAGAAACCCACAGUAUGAAUGAUACAGUAAUAGCUGUUGAGGAGAGUUUCGAUAGAACAUUUUUGGUUCUCAGUCCAACAGUUCAGGAAUUUGGGUAUCGAUAUUCUCAAACAUCAACUCCGUUGGUAGAGUCCAAAACUUUCUUCAGCCCACCAAUUCAGGAUGCACAAUAUUUUGUUGAUGUGAAUGGCUGCCCUAUCUCUACAAUAGAAGAAGAAACACUUCCAACAAACUUGGCACAACAACUGAACACAGAUAUCUCUGAGGAGAAACCACCUUUUAAAAUAACCAAAUCUAGCCCAACUAUGAAAGCCAAAGCUACAAAAGUAGAGAUCAAAAAUUAUCCCAAACCUAAUUUUAAUAAUGUCAAGCCCAAAGUUGUAUCCAGAUCUGAGCAGACAUCAACAAAAAAUACCAGGUCCCCUUCAGCAGGGGGUUCAUGUAAAUCCUCUCCACGAUCAACUGUUUCCAUCUCUUCCAUUCAGUCUUCAUGUUCGUGUCAUUCACCAAAAAGCUUGAAAAAUGAACAACAUCCGAAACCAUCAAUCAAACCAAAGCCUGUAUUGAAAUUUCAGAGAGUGGUCAUUCAGAAAUCUCUCACUGUUAGCAAACCACCUGUUUCUGGCAAGGCUGAAGUCCAUAGCACAAAUUUGUCUGGGCGAAUUAACAGAACCCAAACCAGAAGAGUCCCAAUUUCUAUUCCUGGAGUAGAUGCCAAAGAAGGACCUAGAUCUUCGCAUGUUACUUCCAUUGUGGCUAAUAAUAAGCUUAGUGAAACCUUUAUAAGUGAUGGAAUUGAGAGGAUACAAACCGAGCAUCAGGUGACUAUGUCUAUUGAAACAGCAAGUUCACAGCAUGAUAGCUCCACCUCCGAGGACUCCCUGGCUCCCCAGUGUGGUUCAGUUUCUCAUGCUGGUUCACAAUCUCAACUUCCUACUGCUAGGGCUCCUUUAACUAAAACAUCAGUACCUGCCAUCUGCGACAUUCAAGUUGGAAGAAAGCCAUCGCUCAGUAACACAAAGGGCCUCAGUGUCCAGUCUCCAUCUGCAAAUCUAAGAGCGCCACCUUCUGCAUCCAAACUGAGGUUGGGAAGUGUAAACAAAGAUGGACAUAUACAUGGAGUUGUGCCAACUCCCAAGACAAAACCACUGUUCACCCCCGAUAAACAGAAAGGGAAUUCCACUCUUAAAGGAAAGCUGAGAAUUGCACCAACGAAAGCUGCUACUCUGAACUUGGGAGUUAAUGCAGUGAAAACUACAAUUGGCUUCAAAUUGCCUGUUGCAGCUUCUUUGUUGCAGCGAAGCAACAGUUUGUCAUCUUUCUGCAGUGAUGCAUCCAUUCAGAGUUUUCCAAGUAGUUACAGUGCUAAGUCUGCAGUUGCUUCUAGUAGUCAAGCAGGAGAUGGUCCCAGGAAACGUCUGCUAUCUGCACACACUAGCAGCGUUCGAGCACAGGCAGCAAAAUUAGAGGUCCAGAAAAAUGCAUCUUCUGUGAAGACCCCAAACAGAGGAACAAACCGAGAUUCCACAGUUCCUGGAAGUAAAACCCUUCCUAGGACUGGUUCAUGGUGUGCAAGACAAGUUGGCAGUUCAACAUACAACCAGUUAAGAGCUGACAAAAGUAGACUGAGGUCAAGCUCAACACAGAGGCCAGUUUUCCGAACAUUUCGUUCUCAGACUCCGGCUCCACCAGAUUUACUUGUAUCAGAGAAGAAACCAUCUGGUUUGGUGCACUACAAGACCAAAUGUGAUGAGCAGGUUAAAUGGAUUGCACAGUUGAAGGAAUUAUUGAAAACAAGCAACCAAAGAUUUGAGGGUGUUGCAAUAGUUGUCCAGUAUCUCCAAGCACGGCGUGAAGAAGGGAACAAACAACACAAGGAGUUGUCUCAAGAGCUGCUGAAUCUGCAGGGCGAAUUAGAAACAAGAAGGCAGACUUGUGAUAAAUUGGAUAGGGAAAGAGAAGAACUAGAGAAGAAUUAUCAAGGAGUGAUUCAAAAGCUGUCUGAAGAACACCAGACUGAACUUCGAGAGCUUGAAGAAAGGCUUCAGCAGCUCUUCACUGCAGAACAGGAGCGGCUGCAACAAGUACUCAAUGAUGACCUGGGAAAGCUACAAACACAAUGGCAGGAGCAGGUUGAAGAUAUAAACUCCAAGCAUGAAACUCAUAAAUUGGGACUGAUAACAAGUCAUACAAAGAAAUUGGAGUCUCUCACAGAAGACUAUGAACAGUCUCUUGCAGAGCUGACAAGAUCAUAUGAACUGGAAAAGCAUUCCCUCGAAGAAACCUUUAACCAGACACAAUCACAACUACAGGAACAGAUUUCAAAACUAAAUGAGGAAAAUAAUUCUUUGAAGGAGAAAGUCAAAGCUAAGGAACAGGUCACAAAAACACAUGUGCAACAAGAUCAAAAAAUUUCACCCCAGAGCCUUUAUCUCGAGCAAGAACUGGAAAGUUUGAAGGCAGUGCUGGAGAUCAGAAAUGAGAAAAUACAUGAACAGGAAAAGAAGUUGAUGAAGAUGGAAAAGCUGAUGGAAAAACAUGUCGAGUUGGAUGAAAAAUUUAAUCUUGUAUCACAAGAAAAUGAAGACCUAAAAGCACGAAUGGACAGACAUGUAGCUUUGUCAAGGCAACUCUCCACCGAACAGGCUGUGUUACAACAGUCAUUGCACAAGGAAUCCAAAGUGAACAAGCGUUUAUCUAUGGAAAAUGAAGAACUUCUAUGGAAACUACAUAACGGAGAUGUUCUAAGCCCUAAAAAAACAUCUCCAAACUCCCCGACUAUUUCCUUUCAACCUUCAAGGAAUUCAGUCUCUCCAUCUUCCAGUCAUGCAACAUCACCAAGGUGACACAUUUCAAGCAACAUGUGCCGUUCAGAAUUAUUGCCUGUUACCCCAUCUGCUGAUUUUUAUGCCAAUGGCCAUUAUGACAACUAAGGGCUCGAGGCUGUUAGCCCUGACAAAUACAAUCCUGUUUGUGGCUUAAAAAUAUGGAAAAGGCAUCUCCUUCCUAAGUGUAUGAUAGACUGUAUAUAGAAAAUAUGUUGCACAAGAGCACUUAAUUUACACAGCAAGAAUUUUCUUGUGUUUGCCUCUUUUGCCUAUUUAAAAAAAAACACUCAGGACAUGUAGAUAUUUAAUAGUUUAACUACGUUUCCUCAGUCACUUGUGGAAUGGGAUUGUUUUUAGAAAAUUGGGCGUAAGUGCUGAGGAAUGCCUUUAUUGUUCACUGACAGGAUGUUGAUUUCUGAAAUUGAAGAUUUUUCUUUCCACAGUAGAAUAAGUAAAUCUGCAUGUUGGCAAUCUAAAGUUGCACUAAACAUGACAUAGAGGAAUUUUAAACUGCUGAAGUAACAGUUGCCUGGUCAAGGUAACAAUUGCCUGGCCUUUGAACGGUGUAAAAUAAGCUGCUUUGUGCAGCCUGUGAUCCUGAUCUGUUAAAUUUAUGCAAAUACCAUAUGUACAGAUUUAUAACGUAAUAAAUACAGUAGUCAGAUCUGGUGCAAUGGGUGACUAUUUUAGAGUACAUCAAAAUGCUGUAAGCACUUAAGCAAUAUGAAUUAAGUUGAAAUUUGACUGUUAAUGCAAAUAGUGCUUGAACCCUAAUCAGUCUUGGGACUCCUUAUGCUUAUUUGUUUCGCUUUAUUUUUAUAAAAGUCUAUGGUUUAAUUAAAGGAAUAUCUUUUUUUAAAAAAAGACUCAUACAAAGAUUAUCCUGAGAAACAUUGCAGUGAAACUAAGGAGACUUCUGUGAUUCAUAAUUUUUAAUGUUAUGACAUUUAAGUUCCUCUGCAAAUUGCUUUGCUAUCUUCCUUUCCCUCUUUUGCCCAAUAUAGUUUUGUACCAUUUCCUGGCUGAGAUGGAUGGUUGAUAGUGAAUGGAAACUGUCGAGCAGCAUUUUAUGUAACCCUUCUUGAGCCAACCACAAGAGCAGACUGUGGUGACUCAUCCUCUUAAUGAUUUUCCCUCAUCAGGAUGUAGAUCGGUGAUCUCCAUUGACAUGUGCAGUCUUGUCUUUUUUUGCACCGCAGGGCCACAUAGUUUAAUUAUCAUCUUCAUAGCCAUUUUGAGCUCCAUACAAGUCUCUGUGCAACCAAAUAUUUUGACUUAACACGUGUUUAUACACAUUAACAAGUGCAUUAAAUAGAACAUUUCACUGCAAUAUUUUCCAAGAUAAUCUUAGUGAGAACUAAAAGUAUAAUUGUAAAUUGAAAGGUGAAUCAGCAUUGAAUUUCCAGUUUUGUGGUAAUGUUUUCUCUCUUGAGUGAUGUUUCAUAGGUCAAAUAAAAACAAAACUAUGCUUUAUCCAUUAUACAUACAUUAAAUUCCAUGUUAAAAAUCAAAGCCAACAAAUAACUUAUAAAAGGGUUUUAAAAGCAGGGAAUAGAGAACAUUACCAGGCAAUUCGGUUUACUUUGAAUUUCACUUCAUUUCUAUGCAAUUUAAGACUUAAGCCAAUAAAUAUGAUGGAAGUUCAGUUUUUAAAAAUGUAUCCUUCGAAUGAAAUAACAUUCCCUUGUCUACUAUAAGUAAAUCAUUUCAAGUAACUUGUAUAAUACUUGAACUCAUUUAUUUGGAUUGCUAUAGUGAGCACUUGUUUGUCGCGGGUCACAAAUUGUGUCAUUUUUUUAUUUGAAGCAUUUCGUAGAUGCUAGUUUUUUCUUAACUUUGAUUUGCACUUCUAAAAUUACAAGAUGCAAAAUUGCAAGUGAAAAUGUUCAUUACAUAACUAAUGGGUAAAUAUAGACCAUUACAUAAAAAAUCAAUAGUUAGUUAAUGCCUUGAGUUACUCUUAAGAUUGCUAAUAUUUGAUAUCCAGAGCAACUGCAGUGGACUGAUUUGUAUAAACCAACAUUGACUCAUCAGACAUCUAUUUAAAACUUAGUUGUAUUUAUUGGAAAUGUUGGAACUCAAAUUAAUUGUUGGAUGCGCUUGACAGUAUAAUCAAAUAUUGCUAACAAAACGUUUCUUCUCAGGUUUGCAAAUAGAUAAAUUAAUUUGAGACCUGAUUGAAAAAUUUACCCCAUAAGACAGACUACCUGUACCAUUUUAGAUAUUUGUUGCAUCUCCAUUUCAAUAAUUUAACAUAGCUAAAAGGUAUUACUUCUAACUUCUCAUGUUGAUACCCAAGAUUCACAAUCAUUUUUUCUAGAUGAAAUUAGUUUCUGGUUACAUUUUUGGAUCAUUUCGAUUUUUAUCGUACUGAAUGCAGCAUAUGUUUUGGUUUCACAAUGGUUUGAUUAAACAUAUGCUUUCUGUGCAUAUUUAGGUAAAUAUAGAAGGAAAGUUAUUGAAAUGAAUUACAAUACAACAAAGCGCUCUCAUUAAACUUAUAUUUUAAUUGUACUUCCCCCCCUUAGUAAUUACAUUUUAAACUUUGUGCAUUGUAAAUGUAUUUGUCAGUUUACCAGUUUAAUAAAAUCACUGCUGUAUUCAUUGAAUUCAAAUAUUUAUUUUCUCUCUGUGCUUUCUGAAGUGUAAAAUCCAUGUUUCCAUCACGUGUGCUGUAUCUGUGUGAAUUCCUUCAGUCAGGGUAACUUAAGCAAACAAAAAUCAGAAGGCUGCCUACUUGGUGGAGUUCCGAUGCUGAAGUUGCACUGCUGUUUUUAUCAUAUUGUGUGGACAAAAAGUAGGUUUAGUGUUCAAAAUAAUUGUCUCCGACUCUUAAAGCCAGACAUAUUGUUUGAAGAGCAGUGUUCUUGAAGAGCUGUGAAAGGAGUUUGUGUGUGGAACCUUUCAAUACUGGAAUAGUCUACCUGUCAAAACUUUAUAUUCUGGGAGCACAGAUUACAGUUGCACCAGAACUUUCUGGCAUUUAACAAAUUUUCACUGACUGAGUAUUUCGAAAAUGUGGAAUUGGCUGAUUAAAUGUACUCCCCUCUCACCCAAAAAAUGCAUCAAGUACACUGGGUUUACAAAUGAGGCAGGUUCCCUUUUUAGACGAUAAGCUCUCAUUUUGGGGACAUUAAUUCUAAAUUAUGUAUAUAGGUUUAUUCUGGAAAUUGACAUCAUCGGAUAUUAAUUUGGGCUUCAAUAAGAUGGUAAUAAGAUGUGAAUGCAAAGAGGCUGUGCUGUCUGGAAAAGCUUUUCUACCAAGGCAACAAUCAGUGUUGCAGAUGUUUGCUCUCCUAAUUUCUGGGUUCCAGCCUCAGGCUAUUCACACUUGUACCAAUCUGUGUGGUCAAUGGGAUGCCAGCGGUUGAAGUUGGGUUACAUGUCUUAAUACAUUCCCCCUUUUAAAUUAAGUUAAAUGAAUGCAAAGCCCCUUUGGUGCUAUAUCUGAAAUGCAGCUGAUGAAAGCAAUGAUUAAACGGCUUGAAAUGGCACCACAAGCUUUAGCUGCCAAUAGGAAUGGGUAGUGUGGAAUCUGAAAUGGAUUAUAACCAUUCAAUCUAGCUGGCAGAAUAUUAACUACCUUGAAUAGUAAUGUGCAGUAGAUCUCCAUACCACAUCAAAUACUGGUUGUAUAAAAGACUGCAAUGUUGAAGAAACUCAUGUUACCAUAAUAAUUAUUUUCUUUGUCACUUGAUUUUUUGUCAAAUAAAGUUUUGUUCGUGUUAA